UUCAAGGAGAGCUUAGGGAAGAAGUUCGAGCAGAGGAUGGACAAGCGGGGCAAGGUCUCCUACAAUUCCCCGUAUUACGAGUACAAAAGGGCUAAGAAAGCUUAUAAGAAACGUGCAAAAUCGAGGGGCCGUUCUAAAAGUAAGGAGCCGGAUAAGAAGAGGGGCGCCAGCAAAUCUCCUGGUAAAUCCAAGACAAAGAAAUCUAAGGAGGAGAAGCUCAAGGAGGUCUUUGAAUGGUGCGCGAAUCGAGCACAGCCGAAGAAGUUGUUUCCACCGGAGAAGAUCAACAGAGGGAAGCAUGCUGAGUUGGGAACGUUGGAACCAAGACUUUUAAAGCUAUCAAAGGCCAGAUGGUUGUAUGUGAGCCCUUCACAGGAUUCGAUGAACAUCAACAACCUCGGCAAAGUGAAGCCGAACGCGCUCAAGUACAAGCCGACAUUCAGGGUAUUGGAGUUAGCCCAACCGUCACGUUUUCGCACAAUGAAAGAGGAGAUCGUCGAACCGGGAACCGUGGAUCCCAUGGCCUUGAUUGCAGUUAUUUCGCCCAGGGUCAAGGAGUUGUCAGUACCAAAGCCUAGGGCGACUUCCACCGAUACGGAUUACAGAGAAUUCCCCAUUCCGAUCAGUCCCGGUGCCCUCAAGUACGUCGCCACCGCAAGAAUACAGGAGCUGGCCAAACCAAUCGAUAGAAAAUAAGCGGACUUUGGAAA